CAGAGCUGGAUGAGGAGGCGUUGAUGUUGCUGGCUGAUGUCGCUCUGGCGCCACCCUGCGGUGAUGACAAGUCCUGCAUCCGUGACUGUGAGGUGGAGAGGAGCCUCCAGGUUCUGCAGCUGCAGCUCCAGUUCCUCAUGAGCAAAGCAGAUGACUUACAGGACCUCCUGGGAAACAGACAGGAGCAUGUAGAGAGUUUCCUGUUGACCUGUCAGCCUUACUUCAAUCACCUGCAAUCCACAGCCUGGAGCAGCAUGUCCCAACACACCCAGAUGCCUCAAAACAUCAAUACUAUGCUGCUAGAUCUCUCUCAGCAGCUGUGUGACAAGUUGGAGCAGCUGGUGUUAACCUACGCCAGACACAAUCUCCUCUGUUUGGACGAAAGUGAACCUAACAGUGUGUCUCAUUUCUGCAUGGGUCAGAUUCUGCUCAGCCCCCUGAGGGUGACGGUGUUCCGCUACUGUAGGCUCACGCCGUUCCUGGCUCGGGUCAACACCGGCUUGUACAAGAGGAUGCGGUGGAACGUGGAGAGGCUGCGAGACAGACAGCCGCGGGCAGAUGAAGAUCGAGGUGGAGAGUGCAAGGAGUGCGAGGCAGACAAAGUUGGAGAAACAGAAUAUUACUUCCUGUGCUGUGAGAAUAUUCCCAAUGCACAUGCAGAGGCCGACAGUGAGAGCCAAGACAUCUGCCAUGAUGAAGUGGUGAAGAUGUGGACCAUUGGUCAGUGGGUGCAGAUGAACCCAAACCCCGACACAGAGGACAUCUACGACUGGAUCAAAUGUGAGGUUCCUCAGGCCAGAUAUCAAAGGCUGUUGUUCCUGGGCAGUGAGGAGCUGCCGUGCUGCAGUGCUACCGAUCUUCUGCAGCAGCUGCUGUUGUCACAACAGUCAACAGAGUAGUUUUAGUCCAUCCACCUGUGUGAUUCACCAAGAUAUACAGCAAAAAGCCUGGUUACAAGUUAAGUUCUUACAGGAUGUUGGAGGAAAAUCCUUUAAGGGAUUUUUUAAAAAGUGUGGUCAAGUGAGGUAUUGACAGAUUGUCAGCUCUGACUUCGCCAUGUGCACAGUUGACGACCAGCUUGAGACAUCGACGCUCGCCAUCAGAAAAUAUGGACACCAGCAGGGACACAAGAAAAACAAGAAAAAGAAAAAUGUAGCCACUCAAUAUGAAUCUACAACUAUGUUUGUCACUUUUUCUCACCAUUCCUGGCUGGAAACCGUCAACAUCACAACACGCAGGAGUUGUUGAUCCUCUGCUGACUUCCAUCAGUUCAAGUUCAUAUGUGUUGUUUUGUGACUUUGGUGUUAAAACCCUUCGUUCAGAUUUACAGACUUACCAAAAUGAGCAGAUCAGCAGCUCCUUUGACCCCAACGAGGUAAAAACACUGAAUUUCUCUCUGGACUUUAGUUUAGAUUGUAAAUG